CAGAAUGCAAGACAGAUUUUUCAGUGAAACAACACAUACAAAAUAUAAUUGAAAUUCCCUGCAUGUAUUUAAAUAUCAGGCAGAAGGAAGCUUGCAUUUUGUUAUUUGUGCUAAGAGAUGGAGCUGUAUAUGCUAACCUUAUUAAGAAUGAUAACUUUUCUGGGCUGACACCAUAUAUAAUGGAGCAUUUACAGAAAUCCUGCUGUGUGACAGUGGAAGAUGUAAGAGAGCGACUUCAUUAUCUAGGAGUACCUAAAACAUAUGGAUUAUGCUACAGAGCAAAACUCAACCACAUAACUCUGACGGAUAAAGUUACCUUUUUUAUUAUCAGUUAUGAUGACACAGAAUCAAAUCCUUUGAGCAAAAUAAAACAACUACACAGUAAUCUGAGAAGUGGACCUAAGGAAAUUAUUUUAUGUGAUUUGAAAGGCGGUGAAAACCUGAAAGAAAUAUCAGAAAUACUAACCUCUCAUUUGAAAAAUUUCAGCAGUCAUCCUUUUGAGACUGCAUUUCUUUCAGCUUUCGGUGAUCCUGUUGUACAACAGGUUAACAUACGAGUAAAUGAAAUGUCUAAUAUAUUAACACAACUUGCAGGUGCAGAAACAAAGAGCACUCAUUGUCCUUUGCUUAGGUUAUUUACACCAUCUUACAACUUAGAAAAGAACUUAAUCCCAGAACCACAAUAUUUCUUUGAAUCUGUCAAGACUAAUGGAGAGUACUUGGGAUAUGCUGCAGAGGCUGCACAUCCAUCUGAAUUUUACUUUCAUUUGGAAGACUCUUCUGAAAAAACAACUACUUUAUACACAAUGUUACAACAGCUUCCAGAGGAUUUACCAAGUUUACCAGCAAAGUUCAUACAUCAAGGAGUUCCUUGUCUAAUUAAAUGUGAAAUUAAAGGCAUAUGGUGCAGGGCUGUGAUUAAAGCCAUAUUUAGCACAUUUAUUUUGGUACUACUUGUUGAUUAUGGAAAUAAAAUCUUAGUAUCAGAAAUAGGUAAACUAAAACAAAUUCCCAAGUUACUUGUCACAGUACCUUGUAAUGUAAUACCAUGCUUACUUAAAGGUGUGGAGCCAGUAAAUGGGAUGAAAUGGAGAGAGGAAGCAGUUACAUUUUUUCAAGACUGUCUUUUUCAGCGUCAACUUUUACUUUGUUUUAGACAGAGAACCUGUAAGGGGGUGUGGGAAGUGGAUGUUAGGAUAAAUGAUGUUGAAGUAGCUCAAAUGAUGAUUGCUGCUGGGCAAGCUGUAUUUGUACAAAGCAAUUUUCAUCAGCAGCUUAAACCUAGACAAUUACAUUAUCCUGAACUAGAACAAGAGGCCAAUGAGAACAACAUUCUGAAACAGACUUGCCUAGCUCCUUCUAAAAAGCCUCAGCCUCAAAAUAAGGUACCUAACUGUAAUAUAAUUUAGAUUUAGGGUUUAGUUAUUCAACAGAAGUAACACAAAGAAUACAUUUCAUAUGUUAGCAAUGUUAUGGUUGAUCAGUUACUUUGUUUUAUUUGUAUGCAUUGUAAUUUGUGAGUUUACCAGUAAGGACUGUGCACUUAAUUGUAAAACGAACUGUUUUUC